UUAAAGAGGAACACAGGCAAAAACCCUAAACCCUAAUAUGCGAUUAUAAAAUCUCCCUCGUGUCAAUUAGAAACUCAACUUCGCCUCCUUCUGUUAGCAAGAUCCUCGCUUUGUACUCUGUCUAUCUAGUGCCAGCCGAAAUGAGACCCCCAAGAGGAGGCCGUGGUGGUGGUGGUGGAGGAUUCAGAGGUGGCAGAGGCGAUGGAGGGGGAAGAGGUAGAGGAGGAGGCAGAGGUGGAAGAGGUGGCUUCGACAAAGGAAGUGGCAUGAAAAGUCGUGGUGGUGGCCGUGGCGGCCGAGGUGGAGGAAGAGGCCGUGGUGGUGGACGCGGUGGAGGAAUGAAAGGUGGGAGCAAAGUUGUGGUAGAGCCUCAUAGACAUGAGGGAGUUUUCAUUGCUAAGGGAGGUAAAGAGGAUGCUCUUGUCACUAGGAAUCUAGUUCCGGGAGAGGCAGUCUACAAUGAGAAGAGGAUUUCCGUUCAGAAUGAAGAUGGAAGUAAAGUCGAAUACAGAAUUUGGAAUCCCUUCCGAUCAAAAUUGGCGGCUGCCAUUCUCGGUGGUGUGGAUAACAUAUGGAUUAAACCUGGUGCGAAGGUUCUCUACCUUGGAGCGGCUUCGGGCACUACCGUCUCCCAUGUGUCUGACCUAGUUGGCCCUACAGGAGUAGUCUAUGCAGUCGAAUUUUCUCACAGAAGUGGUAGAGAUUUGGUUAACAUGGCAAAAAAGCGCACAAAUGUUAUACCUAUCAUUGAAGAUGCUAGACAUCCAGCAAAGUAUCGAAUGCUUGUUGGCAUGGUUGAUGUGAUAUUUUCUGAUGUUGCUCAACCUGAUCAGGCAAGGAUUUUAGCUCUGAAUGCUUCAUACUUCCUGAAAGCUGGUGGCCAUUUUGUAAUUUCAAUAAAGGCUAAUUGCAUCGACUCUACUGUACCUGCUGAGGCCGUUUUUGAAAGUGAAGUGAAGAAGAUGACACAGGAGCAGUUCAAGCCUUCCGAGCAGGUGACCCUCGAGCCAUUUGAGCGAGACCAUGCUUGUGUUAUUGGUGGGUAUCGUAUGCCAAAGAAACAGAAAGUUGCUGCAUAGCAAGAUAGGUUACUGAUCGAAAGCUGUUCGUACUUGUUAUGAAUUGUAUUGUUGGUUGUUGCAGUUGGCUAUGUAUCUCAUAAUCUGAGGUUGAAUUUAAAUGAGAUGCUGGAUUGUAAACCUAGUUUGAAAUUUUGUCUAUUUAUUUAAUCAUCAUAUUUUAGGAUUCAGAUGAGAUGAUGGGUUGGUUAGUUUGCGUCAUGUUUUUAUGUUAGCUAUUAACGCAGUCCUUUUUGUCUACAA